AUGGUGAUGAGAGGUGGGCGACGGGCGUGGUGGGUGGGCGUGGUGGUUCUGCUGCUGGCGAAGAGCACGUGGGGGAACUUCAUAGUGUACAAGUUGGGCGAACCCGGGAUGUGUACAGGCUUCGUGAAGACCCUGUCGACGCUUACGGACACUUGCUGUGCCAUGGCUUGUAGUGCAAACAACGUAUGCAAUGCGUUUGACUACCAAGAUGGCCAGUGUUCGCUGUACAAGUUCCUGGUUCAGCCGGGUACAUCCUCUUUGACCUGUUAUGUUCCAGAGGAUGCGUUGGGCGCCAGUCUGCCAAGCAUCGCCGACUUGACGACCCCUGCACGACAAGAGACACCCUCCACGACGGCCUCCGCACAACAGAUGUCCUCCACGACGACCUCUCGGCCUGGCAACGACGGCGCCACGACCCCUUCCUCCUCGGGCUGGUCAUCAUCGCCAGUAGACUUCAAGGAUACAUCUGAAUUGCGAAUCACUCUCCAGCAAAAAUGCGCCACCAACGGAGGAAUCAUCGGUAUAUUCAAGAAAUCAAACAUCUUUUACUUCCUGUGCAGACGGUCGCCCAACGAAAUCCCGCUGGUCGUGUCUGAUCCUGGGUCGCCCUGUUCAGGUACCAAAGUCAGCUGUUUGUCCACCACGUGUGAUGAGGACAAGAUCUUCAUCGGCUACGACCAGAACGGGCCAAAGGGACCCUGCUACAAAGUCAGCAGUCAGCAGGCCACUGUUGACAAGGGAGACUGCUACAUCGAAACUACCGCCGCCCCUCUGCCAACCGGGAAGGGCGGCUCGUGGACGCAGUGGCGGGUCUGCCGCACGGACGCUUUCUUCGUCAUCGUGGGAGCCGACGUGUCUAGCGGCGACAUCUUGAACAUCACCUGCUGUAGAGCCAAAACUGUGUAAUCACGACUAACGUUUGUGUCAGUUGCUUGUGAAACCCUUGCCGUAAAAUCAGUAAUCUCUGUUAUGACUUACCAACUUUUCCAUCACGCUGGCCUAUUUAAAGUAUUUCUUUAAUUCGGUAUAUUAUAUUAUUACUAUAGAGAAAGAUUGCAAAGUAAGAAAAAAAACUGAUUUCAAGGGCUUCUUGUAGAAUGGCAACACUAUCUGUCUGAUAGUGGUCGUCUUGAUUUGUUUUGAAAAUAUUCCUUCAUCCAUCAUAAAAACGUCAAACCAUAAACUCGUUGAUACUUAUAAGUUUGAAUAAAUACUGUAUGUGCAACCAACCUUUACAUUAAUGAAACAGAAAGACUUGCAUAACACAUCUUGAUGCAAGCAAUCUUGAAGGUCGAUAUUUCUGGAUAAAAACCCUGAUGUGUGUUUUUCUCAUAAGUACUUGAAAUUUACAUUAGGCAUUUCAUGACAUCAGGCCAGAAAACACUAGGAAGUUUGUUUACAUCGCUGGUCUAUCAUGUUGCGUCUUUACGGCAUAUGUGAACACAUUCCUCUGAUUAGAGGUAAUAAUGAUAUCUGCGUUUCGUGUAACUACCAGGCAUUCGUGCAUUAUAAUAUUCAGCUACCAUUU